AUGUGGAAAACAAAAACACUAGAACCCAUGCUUUGUAGCCCUGUAAAACGCUCUUCGCCUAACAUAGGGACACCAUAUGCCCAAUCUUCGAAGAGAGUCUCAGAUACGGUUAAAGAGGAUGUGCAUCUUCCUCCCUGUUCGUCGAUCAUGCGCGCCUCAAUUACUUCUGAAGUAAAUCAGGCUCAAUUACCACCCCCAGCCUACCAUUACGCUCCCUCUCCUCUGCACCAGACAGAAGACCCUGUUUGGAGAUCGGGUUCCAACUCUGUUAUUUUCUCGCCAGUUGUAGCAUCACCACAGCCUUUUCCCUUAACGUUCAUUGAACGCCAAUCUUACUGCUCUGUUUAUUCAACAGCAACACCUCCAUAUAGUCCCCAGUCUGUGACCCCACCUAUGCAACAUUUUCAAAAUGAAAGUCGUAGGUCGGCGAGCGAUGGACAAUACUCUCUCACGAAUGUUCAUACGGGGCAAAAUCCUGGGACACUGCUAUCCCAAACACAAACAGACUUGGAUCUUAUACAAAAGCAAUUACGUGCCGUGGUGAAGCUACGGAAGCAAUGUCCUAUCUGUGGGAAGGUUUGUUCAAGGCCUUCGACGUUAAGAACGCAUUAUUUAAUACAUACAGGAGAUACACCCUUCAAAUGCACUUGGGAACACUGUAAUAAAUCUUUCAAUGUUAAAAGCAACAUGUUAAGGCACUUGAGGACACACCAAAAGAAAAUAGCAAAGAAAAAACAUCAGUGA